CUUGCGAAUUAAAAAAAAGAGAAUCAAAAGGCUUCUUCUUCUUCUUCUUCUUUCAAAAUCUCUAGGGUUUUUCUCUCUCUCUUUACUAAUUGUUCUCUCUCUAAACGAAGUCCCAAAAUUUUCCUCUUCUCCAAGAAAUCUCAGGCUAUGUAAAAGCUUGUUAAGCAGCAAGAUGAGCAGUGAUACUUUUGAUGGACAGAUACUAACUGAGAAGCUGUCAAAACUCAACAAUUCACAACAAAGCAUUGAAUCGUUGUCUAGAUGGUGUAUUACUCACCGGAAGAAGGCAAAACAGAUUGUUGAAACAUGGGACAAAUUGUUUAACUCUUCCCAGAAAGAACAGCGUGUUUCUUUUCUGUAUUUGGCUAAUGACAUUCUGCAAAAUAGCAGGCGAAAGGGAAGUGAAUUUGUGAACGAAUUCUGGAAAGUACUUCCUGGAGCUCUCAAACAUGUGUAUGAAAAUGGUGAUGAGUAUGGAAAGAAAGCAGUAACAAGAUUGGUUGACAUAUGGGAAGAAAGGAAAGUUUUUGGUUCUCGAGGGCAGAAUCUUAAAGAUGAAAUGCUUGGUAAGAAUCCUCCCCCUCCUCCUCCCCCUUUAUCAGUGAACAAUGGAAAAAGCUCAAAUCCUAUCAAGAUAGUCAAAAGGGAUGCUCAUGCAGUGAGAAUUAAAUUGGCUGUUGGAGGUCUUCCAGAAAAGAUACUAACUGCAUAUCAAUCUGUACUUGAGGACAAUCAAAACGAGGACAUUGCUUUAAACAAGUGUAAUGCUGCUGUACAACAGUUGCAUAAAAUUGGGGAAGAUGUUGAAAGUAGUUUAGCUCAAGGGAAUCAGAAUGAAUCUGCAUUGCUGGAUGAGCUACAGCAGCAAGAAAUUGCGCUCCAGCAAUGCAUUGAACAACUUGAAAAUGUUGAAACGAUUAGGGCUACCCUGAUUUUUCAACUUAAAGAAGCACUUCAGGAACAGGAAUCAAAGCUGGAGCUUAUUCAUAGUCAGCUGCAAGUUGCUCGUGGUCAGAUUGAGCAAGCAAGCAAUGUAAGGAAGAGGCUAACUUUACCCACUGUGCCUGGCCAUCUAAGUGCGACAACUAUUUCAACAGCAGAGGGUGCAAUAGUGGUGGAACAGAACCUUCCUUCAGCUCAGCCAACUGGCACUCCACCUCAUCCUCAUCAUGCACAACCUGUGCUUUCCUUUGCACCUUCAAUGACAACUGAAGAAGAUAACAAGAAAGCAGCUGCUGCUGCUGUUGCUGCUAAGCUUGCUGCUUCAACAUCUUCUGCUCAGAUGCUUACCUCUGUGCUUUCAUCCCUUGUUGCAGAAGAAGCUGCUUCUAUGAAUGGCAGCUUAAAAUCUGGUGGGUUCACAUCAGGAUUAUCAAUGUUUCCUCCAGAAAAGCGUCCCAAACUUGAGAAACCAAUGCCUGUAUCGGAUGCAAGCAACUCAGAUGUAAGCAGCACGGCUUAUUUUAGCCCACUACAGCAGCAAGCAAUGACCAACAUGCCACUUGCACCAUCAACUAGCGUGCAACCGAUGUCCCAAGGCAACCAGAUCCAAGCUCCAUUUGCUUCUGCUCCUCCUCCCCCGCCCCCUCCUCUAUCUCCUGCAAAUCCACCAGCAAGUCAAUAUGUUCAAUCAACUGGUAUGAUGGUAGGGGUAAUGCCUUAUGGUUAUGGAGCAAACACACUGCCACCUCCACCUCCUCUUCCCCCACAUAUAGCAAUGAGUUUAGCUAGGCCCUCUUCUCAGCCUCUGCAGCAGCUGCAGUCUCAGUCUUUGCAGCAGCCACAAUCACAGCCUCAGCAGCAGCCAGCCACUGGAGGAUUUUACCGGCCACCAGGGAUUGGGUUUUAUGGGCAAAAUCCUCAGUCAACACCACCUGUACCUCGACAGUGAGCUGGUUUUGCUUGAAAAAUCAUAUGAUACUACAGGGUCAUGAAAAGGGCACCUGGUAUUGGAUUGUAGGGCAAAGCCAUUGACCGAUACCACCACCACCACCACCGUACAUCAACAUUGUGAGCCAUAACCUUGAAAUCAUGAAGGCUGAGAGUGGCCAUGUAUAAUGUAAAUUAGUAGAGAAUAUUUAGGCAUAUGUUGUCUUAGACUUAAAAUCGGAGCUUGACAUGCCCUCAUCAUCCUCUCUCCCUUGACCCAUUUGCUGUGCAACUUUUGUUUAGUUCUGCUACAUGAUAGCUCAACCAUCGUAACCUGUAUGUUGAUUUGUACCAAAGUAGCAAGGAACUGCCCUUGGGGGCAGUGAAAUCCCAUAAAAACACCAUUUUGAUAGUGUUACGUAACUACUCGAGGUUCUGCAAAAAGUUUUAA